AUGUGGGGAGGGGGCUGGCUGGGGUCCCCUCUUGCUGCUGCUGGUCCUGGUCCCCCGGUGCGCUGCGUCUUCUCGUUCCACCCGCUGAGCACGACCUUCUCCAGGGAUAUCGACGAGCUGACCCAGCACCUGCUCCACGAUUACCCCGUCUCGAUGCCGUCGAACCUGGAACCGGACGCCUGGUGCGCCGAGCUGUGGAGGAUCCAUUUCCUGGCGGCGGAGCUGGGGCACAUGGGGGGCGUCGCAGGCCCGGCCCUGCAGCCCCUCGUGGCCACUGUCACCAAACAGGUCCAGUUCGUCCAGGAGUGCGGCAUUACCGACCCCAUGGGCUGCGUGGGGCGGGAACGCACCAACGUGUCACGGAUGCUGAGCGCCCUGAACGGCCACCUGGAGGCGCUGAGCAGCAAAAUCCCGCGGCAGGCGGGGCCGGUCGACUUCAGUAACUGCACCCCCGUCCGCUGCCAGCCAGCCCCGGCUCUGCCGCCUGCGCCGCUCGGGCUCCCGCAGCCCGGCUUCUCCCGCCAGAAGCAGCCGGGAACCCAGGCGUCCGGGGCCGGCUCCUUGCACCAGAACCACCUGCCGGUGCUGCUGCUCCUGGUGCCUAUCCUGGUGUCUCUGGCCUUCGUGUGGCAGCGUCAGAGGAGGCUCCGUGGCCAGGACCCCCGGAGCCACGUUCGGUCCCGCUGCUCUGGACCCUGCGACGCGGGCGGCCAGUGCGGGUGCAGGCCGGGGCCGCCGGAGCCAGACGCUGCUUUCCACGCGCCGCUCCCGCGAGCCAAGCGGAGGGUGGAAUCGGCCGCGCCUCUCGGCGGACUGCAGAGCUGAGCCCUGAGGCCGGCCCCCCACGGGCUGGGGGGCUGGCGUCUACCCCCAGGAGGUGCUGUGCAGCGCCGACCCGGCCCCACGGCCCCCCGCUGUCUGGACCUUGUAGCUGCAGCGCCGGGGAAGCCGCAGAUGGACUUUUCCUCUGGGGGUGUUUUGGGGGGACCGGGGUCUGCGGGAACAGACGGCCCAGCAGCAAGAAGCAAACGACCCCCCCCCCCCCACGCAACCCCCAACGGGCCCCGAAAUGUCACUGGAAACCAAUGGAUUUGCCUUCGUGCCAGCGCGGGGGGCUGGUUAUUCGAGGACCCUUCGCCCCGGUGGGACCCGGAUGCCUGAGUUCCCGCCCCGGCACUGUGGCCAAGUGGGAAUUAUUCCGAAUAUUUUGUAUGAAGACUGUGUCUGCCUCAGUUUCCCCUUUUGCUGCGUGGUCGAGCGGGAGGGGGGUGCAAGAGGCAGUUUGCUCGCUGCACAGACCCAGCUGUGACCCAUGAGACCCCCCUCCAUGCCCAGGGAGGGGCCCAGAAGACAACGGCCCUGCCCACUGUCGCUGCGCCCAGAUCCCCAACAACCCCCCCUGCGCUCCCCACACUGGCCAAGUCAGUCCCAAUCCUAUGGCGUCUGCUGCCCCCUGGUGGCGGAUAUGGCUAGUGCACCUCUGAGCCAGGCUAGGGGUCCCAUGGGGGAUCCCUCCCCUGUACCCUGGGGCUGAUCAUUGGAGCUGGGUUGAUGGGUCUGGGGGGGUCUGACACCCCACAAGCAGGGGGGCUCCCAUGCCCCCUGAAAUUUCUCCUGGCUGAUUUCACACUGUCCCUCUCUGUGGGGGGAGGGGGGAGCCAGGACUCCUGGGUUCUCCACCUGGGCCUGGGAGGGGAGUGGAGACUAGUGGUUACAGCCAGCAGAACCCUGCCUCCCAAAUCCUCAUACCGCCCCCAAUCCCAUGACUGACCCCCCCCUUCCCUGCGGCCACCUCCCCAUCACCCCGCCCCUCCCCCCUAAUCCUGCCCCCCCAUCCUCCCAAGUCCGUUGAUUAAACCCAGUCGUGAGGGGGGGGGGCACCGUCUGGCUCUCCCAGCCCCCCCUCCUUCCCUUCCCCUCCCUUUAAUCCCCCGCUCCAAGUUCUUCCCUGGCUGCUUGACGUCGCCACUAAGCU